AUGACAGACGAGGAGGUCAAGAUCCUCAACUCCACACUCAGCCCUGUGGUCAAUUCCAGCGAUGACCAGGGCUGGGAAGAAUCAGUGGAUGCUGCAAUGACCCUCUUGUUGCGGACGGUGUUGGCCAAGUCUGGGAAGGAAGGCCCAGUCAACCCCAGCCCCCUGACCCUUCCAGAGGACACAUCCAAGGUCAAGAAACACAUAGCUAUGUUCUGUGACCGGAUCGGUAAAGGAGCCAGACUUGUAGAUGGUCUGAAAGCAAAGAAAGAAAAGACAGUUUUGAUGUCCACAUCACAGACAAACAUGGACACCAGUGACCAGGAAGUGUUCCCAGACCAGCCAGCUGUUGAUGCUGUUGUUAACAGCAGGAAAACUAAAAAGGGCAGAGCCUCCAAAUCUUUUGGCCUACCACAACAAGAUAUACAAGAACCUGAUUCACUCUCAGACAUCCUGCCAUCUCCAUACACCGGAAGUAUCUCAAAGGAAGACAUUGAAUCUCGGCAUCGCAUUGAAAGUAUGGUACCAGACCUGGAUUCCAUGUCUGAAGAGUCACGACCUUCACCAAGGGGAGAUAAUCACUGGUCUCAUGGAAACAAGGAGGAGUAUGAAGAACUUGUUUAUGAUGGUCAGCCCAGUGAAAGGAAAGAUUACUAUCGGCCACAUAAUCCUGAUGAAGAUGUGUUAUAG